AUUAGCACAUUUUUAGCAACAACAUGCGUAAUCACACUUUCUUUGAUUGCCGCACCCACCCACGCUGAAGCUCCUCUGUUUCGUUCCUUUCAAAACUCACUGUUCAUCAUCACUCACUUGUAUAUUCCGAAUCUGUGAAAAUGACGAUGAUCAGGAAGCUAGAUAGAGAAAGAGCUCAUUGAAUUUCCAUGCUUAGAACAAUGGCGUCGCGAUUGGUGAAGCAUGAGCAUAUCGAAACUACUGUUGCCAAGGCUAAGAAGAUUAGAAGGCUUGCGGUUGCGGAUAAUAUGGUACAACUUGGAAAAGAGAGUUGAACCAUUUUUCGUCUUUCUGUAUAAAAUAGAGAGAAAGUUCUUCAAAAAAAUUUCUUCGAAAUUCUCAAUUCUACCUACAAACCUUCUCAAAUUUUCCAAUCCAAUGGCUCCGGCAACCUCAUUGCCUUCAUCUUCGAAGCUAGCCAACUUCAUCCAACGUACGCAUACACGGCACAACCUCAAGAAGUUGCGGCUGAAGAAGUACAGGUCGAUGGCUGAUAUAAUGGCGAGGGCGAGGUACGCGGUGGUGGAAAAAGAGGAUUACGGUGGCAUCAUGUGUGACCAAUGUGGCUCCGGUGACAACUCGGAGGAGCUGCUGCUGUGCGACAAAUGUGACAAUGGUUUUCAUAUGAAAUGUGUGAGACCAAUUGUUGUCAGAAUUCCUAUUGGUUCGUGGGUUUGCCCCAAGUGUUCAGGAACGAAGAAAGCGACAAAGUUCACUCAAAAAAAAAUUCUAGAUUUCUUCGGGAUUCGAAGGCGGGAUUUCAAAGUGAAUCUUUCUUCUCCUCAGGAUGCUAGGAGGCGUCGGAGACGUCCAAGACCUCUGGUGGUACAGAAGAAAAGCAGGAGACUUUUACCAUUUGUUCCUACAAAUGAUCCUGAUAGGAGACUGAAGCAAAUGGCUUCCCUUGCUUCCGCUUUAACAACAUUGAAUAUGGAAUUCAGUAAUCACUUGACGUAUUUUCCAGGAAUGGCUCCCAAAUCUGCUAAUCGAUCCAUUUUAGAAAACGGUGGCAUGCAGGGUCUUACAAAGGAAGAUGGGGAGACCUUAGAAUGCUGCAUAGCUAUGACUAAGCGAGGCAAAUUCCCUCCUUUAAUGGUCGUUUAUGACUCAUGUCAAGGCUAUACUGUGGAGGCUGAUGGCCUAAUCAAAGAUAUGACAUUUAUUGCUGAAUACACCGGCGAUGUGGAUUAUUUAAAGAAAAGAGAAUCUGAUGAUUGCGACAGUAUGAUGACGCUGCUUCUUACAGCAGAAGGUGAUAACAGUCUUGUUAUUUGUGCUGAUAAACGCGGAAAUAUUGCUCGCUUCAUCAGUGGCAUCAACAAUCAUACUCCGGAUGGUAGGAAGAAGCAAAACUGCAAAUGUUUGAGAUACAAUGUUGAUGGGGAAUCCCGGGUCUUUUUGGUUGCUACUCGAGAUAUUUCCGAGGGGGAGAGGCUAUAUUAUGAUUAUAAUGGUUAUGAGAAUCAAUACCCAACUCAUCAUUUUGUCUGAGUCCAAUUCAUAAAUAUAUCUCAACAAUCCUAUAGAAUUGGGACCUAAUUUUAGACCAUUAGGAAAGGGUUUUCAUGAUUCUCCUGGAAAAAAAAAUAAAUUAUAGUUCUUGUAGAUUGAACAAAAAAUGUCUUAAAUUGUUACCGUGGGCAAUUCAUUGUAACUUAUGCUGAAGAUCAGGCCUAAUUAUGUGGCUUAGAGAUGAAUAGAGAGGGGGAAACCUUCAUUUUUGUUUUUCAUCUCAAAAUAUGAGCUGAGAUAUACAUGUUUUUACUUUACUACAGUUUCAAGGAUUGAAAAUGAAAACAUUCUCAGAUUUUACUUUAAAGGUAUUA